AUGGGGAAGCUGAUUCGCCUCGAGCUCUUUAAUUUCAAGUCCUACAAGGGUCACCACACGCUGCUCUUCGGCGAUGCGUACUUCACCUCAAUCAUCGGCCCCAAUGGGUCGGGCAAGUCUAACUCAAUGGACGCGAUCUCGUUCGUCCUCGGAAUCAAGUCAUCCCAUUUGCGGUCAACCCACCUUCGCGACCUAGUCUACCGUGGCCGUGUUCUACGCACUGCAAAGAUCAAUGACGACGGCUCGGCUUCCAAGGAUCCGGCCGCAGGACAGUCGGAGGGGCAAAACGGUGAUGUUGCGGAUGAGCCCGCUGAGAGAAAUGACCCCAAAUCUGCGUGGGUAAUGGCCGUUUAUGAAGACGAUGCUGGCGAGGAACAGCAAUGGAAACGCUCCAUCACGAGUCAGGGUGUCAGUGAAUACCGCAUCAACAACCGUGUGGUUACAGCUCAACAGUACAAUGACGCACUGGAAGCUGAAAACAUAUUGAUUAAAGCCCGCAACUUCCUUGUCUUUCAGGGUGAUGUUGAGUCUAUUGCUUCUCAGUCUCCCAAAGACCUUACGCGCCUGAUCGAACAAAUUUCUGGAAGUCUGGAGAGUAAAGCGGACUAUGAGAGACUGAAGGCGGAGCAAGAAGAGGCUGCCGAGCACCUCAACUUCCAACUCAACCGUCGCCGUGGUAUCAACUCAGAGAUCAAACAAUACCAGGAACAAAAACGGGAAGCCGAGACGUAUGCCCGGAAAGCUGAGGAACGUGACCAGGCCAUCAUCACUCACAUCCUCUGGAAACUGUUCCACUUCCAGCGCUUGAUUGUAGAGUCAAGUGCAGAGAUUCAGAAAUAUCAAGAUGAGCUAAAAGAGUUUCGUCGGGGUGUUGAAAAAUACGAAAAAAAUCUCGAGGAUGCUAAGGUUGAGCACGCUCGAGUCGGUAGAGAUGUGUCCAGAGCUGAAAAGGGGAUCAAAUUGAAAGAAAAGGAAAUUGAGGAGGCAACAAACUCUCUUGUCCCUGUUAACGAAAAGAUAGAGAUUACUGGCAAAAAGGUGGCCAAGUAUGCUGCCCGGGUAGAUGAAGUGUCCAAGGAAGCGCUCGCGCAGUCGAAGACGGUGAAGCAGCUUGAAAAGGACCUCAAAAUCGUCGAGAAGGCUCAGGGCCAGUGGGAGAACGAGUGGAAACAAACCAUUGCCGUCAAAGGAAUCCAGUUAACUGAUGCUGAUAUGCAGGAGUACAGCAGACUCAAGGAAGAGGUCAGCAAGCGCUCAUCAAGCACACAGCUCAAAUUGGAUAACUUGAAACGCCAGAGAAAGGCCGACGCAGAGGCAGUUAACAACAUGAAAAGCAACCUUGAGAGCGUGGAGUGGCAGGCAAAGAACUUGCAGACUGACAUGGACCAUAUACUUGAACGCAAGUCCGUUAUAGCCGCAACCAUCAAGUCUACGACCAAGGAAAUAGAUGCUACCAAGAAGGAACUUAAUAGUCUUACCUCUGAGCGUCUACGUGUUGCCCAGAUGCGAACAGAACUUGAGGAAAAGCUCCAGGUCACCUUGAAGAAACUGCUAGAAGCAGAUGAUGGACGACAGCAGAGUGAAAAGGAGCAGCGCACUAAAGAGAUGAUUGCCACUUUAAAACGCAUCUUCCCUGGUGUCAAGGGCCGUAUCAGCGAACUAUGCCAGCCUAAGCAGAAGAAAUAUGCUGAAGCAGUGAGCACGGUGCUAGGACGUCAUUUUGAUGCAAUUGUUGUCGACAACGAGAAGACCGCAAAGGAAUGUAUCCAGCACCUCCGUGAUCAGCGCGCAGGUCAGGCUACGUUUAUCCCUCUUGAGACCAUACAAGUCAAGCCACUCAACUCUAACUUGAAAGGCAUGCACCGUGCCAUGCGUCCGGCAAUUGAAACAGUUGAUUUCGAUAGCUCUGUCUCCCGAGCCAUCACGUAUGCUUGCGGGAAUUCCAUAGUUUGUGAUGACCUAGCAACUGCAAAAUACCUGUGCUACGAGAAGGGCGUAGAGGCAAAGGCUGUGACGUUGGAUGGUACCGUUAUCCAUAAGGGAGGCUUGAUGACUGGUGGUCGCGGCCCAGGCCAACGCAAUGCCAAACGGUGGGAGGAUACAGAAGUCGCCAACCUCAAUAAACUGAAGGACAAGCUGAUGGCGGAUUUGGCCAAUCUCCCCAAGGCUCAUCGUAGAGGAUCCGAAGAAGAGUCUCUUCAGGGCCAACUCACCGGUUUAGAACAGCGCCUUGCAUACUCCAAGGAUGAGCUGAGCGCCCUCGAAAAGAAUCUAGAGAGCAAGUCAAGUGAAGUUGACUUUGCCAAACGCCAGAUGAAGAGCGUCCAGCCCAAGUAUCGCGAAAAGUCAGCUUUGCUUGAAAGUCUCGAUCAAUCAAUUGAAGAUAUCCAAAGCUCUGUCACCGAAGUUGAAGAUAAAGUCUACCGUGACUUCUGCAAAAGGCUGGGGUAUAAGAAUAUCCAGGAGUAUGAUGCCCAACAGGGUUCUCUUCAGGAAGAGGCCGCUGAGAAGAAGCUACAGUUUACCACUCAGAAGACAAAGAUUGAGAACCAACUUAGCUUUGAAAAGCAGAGGCUCCAGGCCACUGAAAUACGAAUCGAUAGCCUCAGGACACAGUCACAAAAGGACGAGUCCAUGAUUGCUGAACUUGAGGCCGAGCGCGGAUCCAUCCAGGAGCGACUUGAUGAGCUCAAUGAAGAAUUGGCGUCCUUGAACGAUAAACUUCAAGACCAGCAAAAUCUAUUCUCUGAAUCUUCCGAAAACCUCGCGCAGCAACGACGGGAGCUCCAGCGACGUAGCAAAAAUGUGGAAGCUGCCCUGAAGACCAUCAGUGGACUAGAAGCCGAUGUGCAGCGUCAUUCUUCUGGUAGAUACACACUUAUAAGACGUUGCAAAUUGGAAGAUAUCAAUAUACCCCUGACAGCGGACUCGGAACCAUUGGAUAAACUGCCUAUCGAUGAGCUGGUCCAGCCUGAUCCUGACGCCAUGGAAAUCGACGAAGAUUCAAAUAACGUCGUUUCACAAAAUCAUUUCGUACAAGACUUCGGUAUAGAAGUUGAUUUCUCGUCCCUGGGUGAUUCCCUGAAGGAGGAAUCCGAUGACAAACUUGAAGAGGAGCUUCAAGAGCGCGUGAGGUCACUUAAUAAUGAGCUGGACAAAAUGGCGCCCAACAUGCGUGCCAUUGAACGUCUCGAAGGCGUCGAGAGUAAACUGCGGACUAUCGAGAAGGACUUUGAAGAUUCCCGCAAACGCGCCAGAAAAGCCAAAGAUGACUUUGAAGAAGUCAUGCAGCGACGAUCUGAGCUGUUCAACAAGGCAUUCACUCAUAUCUCUGAACAGAUAGAGCCGAUAUAUCGUGAUCUUACUCGGACGGAGAGCUAUCCAAUGGGCGGAAAAGCAUACCUGGAUAUUGAAGAUUCUGAAGAGCCUUAUCUCGAUGGCAUCAAAUACCAUGCAAUGCCGCCGCUGAAACGAUUCCGCGACAUGGAGCAUCUCUCUGGAGGAGAAAAAACGAUGGCCGCGCUAGCCCUACUUUUCGCUAUUCAUUCUUACCAGCCUUCUCCAUUCUUCGUUCUCGACGAAGUAGAUGCCGCUCUUGAUAACGCUAACGUGUCCAGAAUUGCAAACUACAUUCGUGACCAUGCUGCGCCUGGAAUGCAAUUUAUCGUCAUCAGUCUGAAAACAGGCUUGUUCCAGGUUAGCGAGGCCCUAGUCGGUAUUUAUAGAGAUCAGGCUGCGAAUAGUAGUAAGGCAUUGACUCUGGAUGUGAGUUUGGUUAUUUCCCCUGACUAUGAAAGUCCAUGUCUAACCCUUUAUAGCUACGCAAAUACCGGUGAUCCCAAACGGCAUAGCUUUCCGCGACCCUGUUAG